UAACGUGUAUGUUGUGGUGCUAGUGCAGCUAGUGCUUAAACCAUGAGAGAAAUUUUUGCUAAAGAAGAAGAAGUACCUACUAAAUAAAUUUCAAUGAGAAUGUUGUGCUGUGUUCAAUUUUGACCUAGUGCUCUCGUUGGAAAUAAACAACUACUUUGUCAUCAGUCCGCUGUAUCAUAUCCACAAUCCACCGUAUCAUCUCUCAGUAUGGAUAAGAUCUUUGACUCUCCAAUACCAGAUCCUCCUCGAAUAGCCAAUGAAGUGAACAAAUUACAAGAGGCAAUCCUCCAGAAAAAGAGUGAUCUUCUAGUCCUAAAAGAAAUAGACCAAUUGAAAACAUUAUGUGGUCACAAAAAUCCUGUGGUGAAUUUGACUGCAAGCAAUGCAGUUUCCCAGUUGGUGGAAUGGAAGCGAAUUGAUUUGAUAACUGCAUACUCAUGGUUAUCAUCCAGUAUUUUGGGAGCAAAGAACCUAGGUGGUUUAAUUCAGUUAUCCAUAGAUUUAUUUCGGCUGGACCUCGCCAAAUGUAAAGAAAAUUCAAAUCCCAUCUUUUUAAGGCAUUCUCUUGAGCAUCCUCUCGUGCACAUUUUCGAUCACCCAGAGCAAGUAAGCCGAUUCACAGUCCUAGUAGCAGUCCGAUAUAUCUGUGAAAAUCUGCAUCCACAUGGCAAAAGCUUUCAGCUUGUCAAGCCUGUAUUUGAGCAUAUUUUUUCUUGCGAUGGAUUGGCGGUGUCUCUUCGCAAUGCCGCAUGGGAUGUUCUUGUAGACUCAGGGGAAAUCCAGCAGUUGACUGAGUUUUUGUCACAAUUCGUCCAUUUGGCUCAGUCAGAUGCAGCAUAUGAGUUCUUGCACAUUGUUGAUAAAUUGCUGGAGAAAUCGUCCGACCCAGAGGUCGAAACUCUGCUCAUUUCUCUGACUCCAAUCAUAGCAAACGUUAUUCAUCACCUUAUCAAAACCGGAACCCUCUUUGAAGAAGCUCUACAUAAGCUGGAAGUAAUUGUCCAUAAGUCACCACAAGCUGCAAGUUUGGUUCUAUCAAUUCUCGCUGAGGCACUUUCUCUGAGCUCCACGCGGCAUCUAUCGUCUGUGUCAGUCACGUGUCUGAAUAUUAUGAAGACUGUGCGCUGCUCAACCAUAUCAGAACACAUGUUGGUUGCGUCUCUAGCAAGGUGGCUUAUCCAACCAACUCAAUUAUGUCCUGAGUUCCCAGAAUUUGCGUCGGCUAUUAUUGGAAUUGCAUUUUCAAGAAAAGACUUUUACAAUCAAUCGUCAGAUUUUUGUAAAAAUUAUACGUUUCAAUUAAUAUCAUCUUCGCACAGAAUUGUCCAGAAAUCCGUCCUUAUUCAUAGAUUAGGAGAGAACUUACCCUCCAAGGAAAACCAUUUGAAACUUUGGCUUGAUUCUAAAAACACAAAAUUUGCAGAAUUUUCCCUUUUCCUUGGUGCUUUGUUGAUAAGUUACGAAGAUAGAGCAAUGAAAGAAAAGGUCAUCAGAAACUUAUCGGAGCUUCGACUGGAUCAGUACCUUGCACUGUUGGUUUUUCAAUUGGUGCGAGAGAAGGAUCCCAAAGUACAAUCAACACUUUUAACUUCAAUGCACCUCUGUAUCAACAAAGAUAAUCAAGAAAACAAGAUGAUUUUCCUUCAAAUUCUGAAGGGCUUAAGUGCGAGUAGUGAUUCCCUUCUCAGAGAACAGUCCAUUCACUUACAUUUUCUAUUUUGGAAAAUCGAGCGCCGCUGUUUCCCGUUUUUACACACUCUUCUUGUGUCUGACGAUGUUUCCUCCUACGAAAUUGAGCUCACGAAAGCCAAAGUCAUCAAUGAAAUCUGUAAAAUAAGUCCAGAAAUAUAUGGAAAAAGUGUUGCUAGGCCCAUCGCAGAUAUCCUAAAUAAAUCUACGUGGACAAAACCAUGCGUGCUUGCUCUCAACUCGGUGGCUCUUCUUUGCAAAGCAGGAGAGAUUGAUAUUCGCUCUACAUGGAAGGCCAUCAAACCUAAAUUUAUCAACGAUAAAAGACCAGAUAUUAUCGCGGGUUUAUGUGAGAUUCUCAGUCUAGUUCCCAAUGUCUACUCCUACACAGAUAAACAGGAAUUUUUCACUGAGGUUGUGACAAAUUUAUGGAAUUUCGUGACGCUAAGCUCAGAUGAGAAAAUUGUCAGCGCUGCAUUGAAAGCUUUUACCAGCUUCAGAUUGGAACAUUUAAGUGUAGAAACUCUUCCAGAUGUCUACAAAAAAAACGCAGGGAAAGCAAUCGAAACAUCUUUCGCUACAAGUGUUGCAGAGUUUGUGCAUGUUCCAGGGAAAUGCUGGUUAAACGUACUCGAGUCCCUCCCAGCAAACUGCGCAGACGCAGCUGUCGAACUGUUUACCAAGUGGUUAAGUGAUGAAAUCGCAACGUUUCACAGCGGAAUAUACUCUAAAGUUCUCGAUGAGCCCUCCAUGUAUACAUUUCUACAAGAGAGGAGUUUAUGCCGCACUUUCGUGGAUUACAUACGAAAACACUCCUCAUCGCCAACGGCAGAAACUACCAGACUCCCCGUAUCUCUCUGCCUGCGGAUUCUGUCCAGUGAUCUUCCAAAACCGUUACCUCCGUUAAAAUGGGCCUUUUUAUCUAACUACAUGAAUGAGGGAUCAGUUGAGCUGAAAAUGUAUGCAACGAAGCUUGUUAUCAAACAGUCUAUGCAUAAAUCUUCUUCUGCAAAUAAUGUGCUGGAGGCCAAGUUGUCAAACUCGGAGUUCUCUGACGAGACGGAAACAGAAAUACUCAACAUUUUUCAGUCUCUGAAAGGUGUAAUGAAGAGUGUCCACCCUACAACUUGUCAAGGAUUCUUAUCGAUGAGUCUGCAGUAUACCAAAGCAAAAAUAAGGAGCAAUGAAACGGGUUUUUUCUGCUCUAUAGUUGAUUCAAUUAGGUCUCUCCUGGCAGAGAAUCACCCAGAAAACGACAAGUUCCUAUUCCCAAUUCUUCAUGAUCUGUGGACCGAUGUGUGUGAUAUUCCUGCCUGUUCGGAGAGUUUGAUACGCUGCAUUUCUGUUUUGUCAGAUCAGAAUAUCAACAUGAUCUUCCCGCCACCGGAGAGUGGUUCAUCAAAAUUACACCCUAAUUUUAUCAAACUAAUGUGUGGUCUGGCAGCUAUCAAGUUAUCAUCAGAGUCUAUCGAUCGUUUGAUCAAAUUAUCAAAACUGGUUUGUGCAAACCGGCUUGGAGUUGACCAUCGGUCCUAUUUGCAAAGUGAACUACUACCGAUUUUUGCAUUGCCGAUUCCUCAUAUUACUGUUUUGUUUUUUGUCAAAGGUUUGAUGGGGCUCUUGGAGAGUUGCCAAGAUGAGGAUCUAGAAUAUCUCUGUGCGAUACUUUUUAGGGUUUUAAUUGUAUAUUCUGGCUUAAGUAGUUGUCCCACUGAGGAAUAUUCUAGUUUACCUUUUCACAGUUUUCCCUUUGCUUUGACCCACUUUAUCCGAGGAGAAACUGACAGUUUUUUAACGUUUUUCAAGAAAAUGUUGGAAGAGCGAGCUCAUGAAAUGAAUAUCUCUUUCAGUUUACUCUUUCGACAGUGUUGUAUUGCCCUAAGAAAUGUGCAGAUUGAAUAUUUUUCCUACGAUACUAACUAUUUCACGGAGGCUCUUGAAAAAGGAUUGGAAGUGGAGGAACAAUUCUUGAAAAUAAAACAGAAAGAAUGAGUGAUUAAUCACAUUACUGUCCUCGUUUGACUCGAGAUCGUUGGUAGAUUUAUAUUAGUACUGGAUGCAUUUUAAGUUCUGCCAAUUGCCAAGGUUAAUUGGACCGCGUUAAGCAGAAAGGAACCAAGCCACAUCAGCUAUUGCCGGAUUUAAUAGGGCAAUUGAAUUAUAUACAUGAAAACGGUUGUGCGGAUUUUUUUGCAAAUUUCAGUGAAUUUCCUCCACAGUACAAAGCAAAUUUCUAAA